AUGUCCCGCAAGCCGACGGCCAAGCCCCGGCCCGCCGCUGCCGGAGCCAGGAAAACGCGGCGGCCGCGGCAGCCCCCGGCCGGCCAGGCUCCCGACCCCGCACCGGGCCGUGGGGGCCUCGCCAGGCAGCUGCGGACCCUCGGCCUCAAGCUGCGGGAGGUGCCCGGCGAUGGCAACUGUUUGUUUCGAGCCCUGGGGGACCAGCUGGAGGGACACUCCCGGAGCCACCUCAGGCACCGCCAGGAAACGGUGGAUUACAUGAUCAAGCAGCGGGAGGAUUUUGAGCCUUUUGUGGAGGAUGAUGUGCCCUUUGAGAAGCAUGUUACCAACCUGGCAAAGCCUGGUACCUUUGCUGGCAACGAUGCUAUUGUGGCCUUUGCAAGGAACAAUCAGAUGAAUGUGGUUAUUCAUCAACUUAAUGCUCCCCUGUGGCAGAUUCGGGGCACAGACAAGAGCAAUGUGAGGGAGCUGCACAUUGCCUAUCGUGAUGGAGAGCACUAUGACAGUGUGAGGAGAAUCAAUGAUGAUUCUGAAGCUCCAGCAAAUCUUCAGAUGGAGAUGCUUCCUAAAAAUGAAUCUGAUAAGGAGGAGGAAGUGAAGGCCCAGAGGGGUGACUCUGAAGAUGAGACUGAAGGUGAAAUGGAAGAUGCAAUACAAAAAGUCUGUAAUGCAACAGGGUGUUCAGACAUGGAUUUAGUCAGCCGGGUUCUGGAAGAGGAAGACUACAAUGUAGACUCUGCAAUCUUUGCCAUCUUGCAAGUGACUGAAGUGGACAGAAUGGGUCCUGAGGAGCAGGCUGAUCCCCAGAGCAAAGAUGAGGAGUGGUGUGGCAGAGCGCUGCAGAGGGAGACCAGGAGUGGUUCCAGAAGCCUUGGAGGUCAGAGCCUGCAUCCAGGGGAAACUGAAGACAACAAAGGACAGCCUAGACCUGAUGAAGAGGAGCGAGCUGGCAGGAACCCAAAGGUAUCUAAGAAACAGAAGAAGGAGCAGCAGAGGCUGGAGAAGAAGAAACGUCAGGAGGAGAGGCACAGACAGAAGGUCCUGGCCACCAAAGGCAACUGUGCAGACAGCAGCAGGAGAGAGACAGACUCCAACAACCAUGUCACCUUGGUGAAGGCCAUGGCAGCUCUAAACAUAUGACUGAAUGUCUUCUGGGAGCCCUGGGGAGAAAAGCAAAUAAACCUGAUGGAGACAGAGCUGCCCUUGAGCACAUGUCCAAGCACCCAUUGUGACCUGCA